CCCCGAGCGAAGUCCUAUCAUAUAUAAUUCUCCACGACUUACUUUGCUUGCUUGUUUAUUUUGUAGUUUUCUUAAUUUUAAACUCCAAACCCUUUGCUAGACAAAAACCUAAGCGUUUAUAGUUGGGCUGACAAUUAAAAUGCUUUCCCUAUACUACACCCUACUAGAGUUUAUAGUUGGGCUCUAUUUGGAUUUUCUAUUGGUGUAGUUAGAGUGAGUCAAGUUAUUGACGCCGUUGUCGGGGACUGUUAACGGUCUAUUAUCCAGAAAAGGUCGUUUAUUAUUACUCUAGCAUUUUAUAUAUUGUCUUUUGUUUUGUUUUUUGUUUUCAUCUUUUUGUGAUGCAGAGUUGGGCCAUGGAUUCCGAUAUCUUCUCCUACACAUGGGGUAUCCACCAACACUCGAAUGGGGUUACCACGAGACAUGGAGCAAUCAAGAAGGAGAAAGUUACGGAUUUGGGGUCGACUACCAACUACCUUUCCAUGUUGAACAACCGUAUCCCCACAGAUGUUCAAGAGUUCCAACCAUACAAUGGAGCCUACCCUCGACAACAUGAAGUGAAGAGCCAAUUGGAGCUAUUGGUGGAGAAGUUUGCAUCGGAUAAUGACCAAUCUUACUCCAAACCGACCUUCCCAACAUCAGAUCCACCUUACUCGGAUUUCCUCUAUGAAGCGGAGGAAAUACGCAAGAGCACGGAGAAUCUAAACUCGAUGGUCGAUAAAGCUUGUGCACAGUUCACUCAAGAUCGGCUCUUAGCGGGUUGUGAAGAAAAGGAAUAUGAAGAGGCAAGCCUCGAGGAUGAAUUGGAACGGUCGGAAGUUGUUAUAGAUGUCCACCAUGAUGCCCAAGAACUGGAAUGUCCUCUUGAGGUAGUCACCACUCUUCCACACUUCAUUUCAAGUGUUGAAGAGGAGGAUCUCCAUGAGGAGAUGGGCCGAUCCAAUCGAAGACAUCGCUUGGAAACUUGCUAUCCAAUGCAUGCUUGCAGAAGAGUGAGGGAGGAUGAGAGAAGAAGUUAUGGAGGAGGUAGAAGCAAAUGAAGAAGAAUUUCUUGAGGAACGACAAAAGGAGAAAUACGAAGAAGCGAAGGAUUUGGACGAAGCAAUUGAAUUUCGUGCUAAAGAGGAAGUUUUGGUGGAAGAGGCUUGCAUAAGCCAAGAGAUUAUAGUGAAAUCUCCACCUAACUUUGAGGAGUUGCUUAGCAAGGAUCCUUUUGUGAUUACUCUUUGCUCGACCAAAGCCACACCGUCAUCAUUUUUCCUUGAUGGAUGUGGUGGAGGAUAAUUGAUGAUGUUUUAUCCGGUUCGGGGCCAAGAGAAAAGAGAAAAAAGAGAGAAGGAGAGGUCUCAAGGGUUGAGGCUUUGACUUACUCAAGUCCAUGAGUCGUCAUCAACUACUAUUCCAUAUGCUCAUGACUUGAGGCUCCACCUCAACGACAAGAACCUCAAAUUCAAAGAGGUUCACGGAUGGACCGAAGCUUGAGGAGCAACCGUCUAGCUUUUGACGUAAAAGUAGUGCUUGUUGGGAGGCAACCCAACGUAGGUUUGUGUUUGUUUUUAUGUUAAGUACUAUUAUUGUGCAAUAACCUUGCCUUGUGUGA